CUGGAACUCCCGAUCCCCGCAAUCUUUCCAGUGCUACAUGCUACAAGUCAUCCAAGGACAUGUCCGACACUCAAGAGCUGUACCAGUGUCCAGUCUGCUCCAAGAGCUAUAAACGGCGGGAGCAUCUGCAGCGGCACUGGAGCUCCCACAACUCCUACCGACCCUAUCGCUGCACCCAGUGCAGCCGAGCCUUUCAGAGGCAUGACGUGCUGAAACGCCACGCCCGGACCUGCGAAGCCAGGGCGAAAGGCCUGAUGCCGCCGUCCGGCCGAAGACGCGCCUGCGACCUGUGCGUCCGCCAGAAGAAAGCCUGCAGCUCGACCCAACCCUGCAGGAAUUGCGAGAGGCUCUCCGUCCCAUGUUCCUAUUCCUUCAUCACCACCAACCCGGAGGGUAGUAGAAGCGGCGACACACCACAGACCAACAUGUCGGCCGGGAGCGAGUCGAGCGAGAGUUUGACGACACCGAGCGUCGAUGGCCUCAACUCGGUCGCCGGCAGCGCAUGCGUGGGCGCGGGCCCAGGUGCAGCGGCUUUCGACGACCUCAGCGCUGUCAUCUUCGGGACCCCUCUGGAGCCCGACAUGCCGUACCCGUCGGCCACGAGCGCGAGCUACUUGGACUUUUUGGAUCUCAUGUCGGAAGGCCCCGUGUUGGACGACGGCUUCGUGCUGGACGGGCACGGCACCGCGUCGGACGAACCGUCGCAUCGCGAACCUGAAGGCGACGGUGAAGGCGACGGUGAAGGGGAAGGGGAAGGGGAAGGAGACUACGAAGGUGAAGGCGAACUCGCCACACACCCGGCUCAGCACAGGGUCUAUUCUUUCAUGUUUUUGGACAACUUCACUAAACGGACGGGCCUGAUCGAUUCCUUCGACUGCGGCACUCCGGCCUUGCGAGAGGAGACUGUUUCGGCUUUCCUGCAGCAAGAAGCCGAGGCCGAUGCCCUCUCACGACGGAUGGCGGCGCCCAACGCCGUACCUUUACCUGUACCUGUGCCAGUGCCUGUACCUGUACCUAUACCACUACCCAGGCAGAUGCCGACGCCGAGUUUGUCGGAUGGCCUCGCUGCGCUGCCGACAGAGAGUCUGAUGUCCCCCGCCGGCUCCAUAGUCCACACGCCACCCAUCGUUCACAACCCAUGGCUUCACGAACCCCUGACGAUCAAGAUCCACCAGAUCGUCGUUCGCGUGAGGGAGACGGUGACGACGAAGCCGCGGAACAGCGCCAUCACAUUCGACUGGUCACCCCUGCUGGAGCAGAAGUGCCUCGGCUUCUUCUCGCCGGUCAAUGUGCGGAAGUUUCUCGCCUUGUACUGGGCCAUCUGGCAUCCCAACAUUGACAUGAUUCACCGGCCGACUUUUGACCCGGCGACUUGUAAACUGACGCUGCUUUCCGCCAUGGCCGUCAUAGGUGCAUCGAUUUCCCCUGACCCUCUUGACAAUGACAAUGCGAGGCUGUGGUUCAACUGUGUCGAGGAAAUGGUUUUCAAUGAUGACGACCUUUGCUCCGAGCCCCUCUAUACCCUGGACACCGGCGUCUUGAUUCCCGCCACACAGAAGCGCAAGGUACAGGCUCUUCAGGCCGCGUAUACCGUCUGCCUCUACCAGAAUUGGGAGGGUACCGAUGCCAGUAAACAGCGGAUUCGUCGGUACCGGUAUAGUACAGUUGUUUCGGUGGCCCGAGAUAUUGGAAUUGCGUCUGCGAGGCACCACGAUUGCAGAAAACAGACAGGAUACGAGUUUGACUGGAAGGCCUUUGUGGUAAAGGAGGAAUUGAUACGAACAUUUCUUUGGAUCUUCCUCCUCGACCAUGCCUUUGUCAUAUUCAACAAUCUUCCCCCUCGGUUGGUAAUCAAAGAGAUGAAGAUGCACAUGGCAAGGCCCGAUGCAUGCUUCCAAGCCGCCACGGCAGAGGAAUGCCUCGAAGAGAUCCAAAAUUGGAGUGCGCGCUCGCCCUUCCUGCCUUUGUUGAUACUCAGCGAAGCGGUGGAACUGGUCUGCAGAGGCGAGUUGGGUGAAGACAUGCACAGGAGUCUUGCCGAUCUGGGGCCGCUAAACCUCUUUGCGGUAGUAUCAGCCUUCCACUCCCUCAUCUUCCAGCACCAAAACGCGUUCGGCGGAGACGGUCAGAUGGUGGCGAUCCGCCACGCACUAAGCAAUUGGAAAGCCAUCUGGGAAUUCUACUCCGGCCACCUCUCCUCGGUACCCCCGCACGCGAUGGUGGCCAGGGCUAGGCUCACUCCGGACAACGCCUGGAGACGGAUCGGGUUUCAGCGGCACGCGCCCGAGUUUUGGCUGCUGGCGAGCGUCAUCAUGGGGCGGCUGACCAGUGCGGACCACUCGUGGCGGCGGCAUGAGAGUUCGUCUUCGUGGGUCACGCCGCCUGCGCAUGCGAGUCCUCGCGACGAUCGGAUUUUCACAAAGUACGACCAGACGAGUAUGCACCAGGUCAACGAACUCAUAUCGGACUUUCACAAGGUCCAAAUAUAGCGGAACGAAGAUUUGGCCGUCUCUUAUUUUGUCUCCGUCCCUGCGAUGGUGUGGCCGAACUUGUCGUAUCUCCUGGAUGUUCAUCGUCGUCGUGUGUCGUCUCCAAAUGUCUUCAUGAAUCCUGUGAUCGGAGAGUAUGAGAUCUCAGCCAUGGAUCGGGCAGUGAGUAACUAGGUAAUCGCCAGGAUCGUUUUCAUCUUAUCUGAGGUCAAGAACAACAACGCCAUCACAAAGUACCUGGCAGACCUGAAAGACAAGAGGGACGGGCACCAUUUUAAUCCUCUUGUCCGAACCUCCGAACCUCGUCCAAACAUAUUUUUACCCCGGCUUUGGCUUUCGCGUGGUACAUGUUAGUGGGAGAGGUUAGUGGCAGAGGUUAGUGGCAGAGGUUAGUGACAGAGACAACUUUAUUCCUCG